UCCAACAUAGAGUUAAGCCCGUCGAAGACGUCGCAGCGCUCGAGAGCGGAAUCAAAAGCUCGCACGAGUGUGCAUGUCUAGCAAGUGUUGUCUAAGCAGCUCCACCCAUGCAUCUACUGGUCAGCUGCCUCGCGGCCGCUCUUCUCCUCCUCCACGUCGGCGUCGCGCCGGCGGCCAACGCCGCGCCGGGCACGUUCAUCUACGCGGGGUGCUCGCCGUCCAGGUACGGGCCCAACACCGCCUUCGAGAGCAACCUCAACUCCCUCCUCGACUCCAUCUCCUCCACCGCGUCCUCCGGCGCCACCUACAACAGCUUCACCGCUGGCGUUGAUAGCGGCGGAGGCGCCACCCUCGGCCCGGAGGCAGCCGCGGUCGGCGCCGGCUCGGCCGCAUACGGCCUGUACCAGUGCCGCGGCGACCUGGGCCCUGUCGAGUGCGUGGCGUGCGUGCACGACACGGUGGCGCGGCUCGGCGCCGUGUGCGCCAACGCGUACGCCGCGUCGCUGCAGUCCGAUGGGUGCCACGUGCGGUACGACGCCAGCGACUUCAUCGGCCGCGCCGACACCUCCGUGGCGUACCGCAGGUGCAGCUCCGGUACUAGCGGCGACGCGGGGUUCCUGAGAGGCCGCGAUGCCGUCCUGGCGGAGCUGCAAGACGGGACCGCCGCCGUGGCGCCGGCCGGGUACUACAAGAUGAGCACCUCCGGCGCGGUGCAGGGGGUCGCGCAGUGCCUUGGCGACAUCGCGGCGGGCGACUGCACCGCGUGCCUUGCGCAGGCAGUGGCGCAGCUCAGGGGCACGUGCGGCGCAGGGCUCGCCGCCGACGUGUACUUGGCGCAGUGCUCCGUGAGGUACUGGACGAAUGGCAACUACUUCCGCCCUUCGCAAGACAAUUCGGGGGAUGACGUUGGGAGGACCGUGGCAAUAAUAAUCGGAAUCUUGGCCGGGCUAGCACUCCUCGUGGUCUUCAUCUCUUUCCUCAGGAAAACAUGUAAGCCCUCCAAGUUAACUUUUCUUCUUGCCCUGCUUUGGGCCUAGAGCAGAAUCUGACAAUCGAUACCGAUGCUAAUUUUCAACGCAGGCUAGCUAUCUCAAACUAGAGGCUUUGACAGAAAGAAACUGGAUAAAUCUGAGGAACGAUUGUGGUGAAGUCAUCCAAGAGACGUUCAAUCAACAAUUAUCGUCUGCCUGAAAGCCUUGAUCACCAUGGAGCUUGUAACCAUCACAUGCAUCUUGUCAGUAACAUAGAUUCUUUAACCUUCUUGAAUCUGUCUGAAAAAGCAGUGUCAUGUUUCUGUUGAUCCACUAAAUAUGACUUGCUUGUGAACUAUCACUCCGGAUUGCCGCCUUACAACAACAUUAGCCCA